UCUAGAGGUGGUCCACCACCACCCCCUCCUCCCCUUCCAUCAUCUUCUUCUGGAAGUCCACCACCCCCUCCCCCUCCUCCACCCCUUCCUUCUCCUUCUACUAGAGGUGGUCCACAACCUCCAGCUCCUCCCCUUCCAUCAGUUUCUUCUGGAGGGGAUCUACCACAGUCAUCACCAUCUUCAUUCGCUCAGGCAAGCUUGGAGUCUCCCAAAUCUAGGCAGGAGGAUUCCAAAAGUCGAAAUGCUUUGUUAUCUCAGAUCCGGAGAGGCACUCGCUUAAGACAGGUAGUGCAGACCAAUGACCGAAGCGCACCUCAAAUUGAAAACACCAGAAGAAGGGCCAACAGAGAAGGAGGAAGCCUAGGAAUGGGCAGAAAUGAUGUCCCUCAGGCACUAGGAAGUCUCUUUGCAGAUGGUUUUCCUGUUCUGAGACCAGUUGGCCAACGAGAUUUGACAGGGAAUCGCUCUGGACCGUCUCAGGGGGUGAAAACAUCGCCUCCUGCAAAGUCUCCAGGCUCGCUGAACAGUAAUGGAAAAACGAAUGGCAGCCCCCAAAUGACACCUGAGAGCCCAAAGCCAACAGAUCAGUUGGAAAUAUCUGGGGCCCAGCAAUCGGCCCGUCCCACUGUUCCAGCUGUUCCUCUGCCAUCACCGUUGCCUCCACUUCCUUCCGGCAAACCUUCGCUUAUCUUCCCCCCUCCCCCACAUUUUCCUCCUCCCCCUGCAGAAAGCCCUGACAAGCCAACCUCCCCAAACAUUCCUCCCCCUCCCCCUCCACAAAGCGACAAGCCUUGUAAAAUGCCAGCGUCUCCUUCGCAUGCCAUUCCUCCUCCCUUGCCUCUUGUGCCUCCUUGUGGGCUUCCAGGGAGAACUAGCCAGUCUCCCAGCCCAUCUUCCUCUCAGCUGGAUCUGAGAAUUAAUUCCCCGCCCAUGCCUCCGCCACCACCUCCCCCAGGGCCUACAACGUCCACUUUUUCCUCAUCCAGGCCAUCUUCGCUGUCGCCACUUUCACCAAAUAACAGUCAGGAUGCUCUUCCACCACUACCCCCCAAAUCUCUGCUAGUACAGUCCCAGUUACAGAAGACCACCGUUCAAUCCUUGCCCCUCCCGCCUCCCCCUCCUGGCCCACAGCAAGCUGCUCUAACACAGAAGAGGAGACAAGGUAGAGGUGGAGGAAAACUGACGACACCACCGGUGCCUCCUGCAAGGUCUCCAACAACUGAACUCUCAAGCAAAUGCCAAUAUGCCCAAAUCUCAGCGGCUACUCAUGAGCUUUAUCCUACACUUAAGAAUGGAACUGUGCACAUAAGUGAUGAUUUUGAGGCUAAGUUUACUUUCCAUUCUGUGGAAGAAUUCCCUCCUCCUGAUGAGUUUAAGCCAUUUCAGAAAAUUUAUCCUAGCCAAGAAGCUAAAGAUAAUCCACUGUUAAGAACACAAGUGAGAUGAGAAGAUCCUGUGGCACAGUCUCAGCACUGCUAAAAGGAUCAACAACAACAUUAUGAACUGUUUUGAUAAAUCGGACAGUGCGCUUAAGCCACACUGGGGCUGCAUGCAAGACCCAUGCGUGUGACGCUCAGAAGUUGGAAAACACUGGAUAACGAUGAAAACCAGAUUGAAAACUGAAUUGAAUGCACAAACUGUUUGCAAAGGUUUGAAACAUGCUACUGUGUAUUUCAGUUGCUUAAAAAGUUGGCCUGUUUUGUGUUGCGGUCAGUGGAAUGUGCAAUUUUGUAGUCCAUCAGUAUUUAGCACAGUCCUUUUCAGCAUAUUAUUUGUAUUGUGCUGAAUGCAAUUAACAGUUUGCUGUAGAAAAAAAUGGUGGAAAUUCCUGUUUAUAUCUUCCGCCUAACGCUGGAUGUGUUCAACGAGAAAUGAACUGUAUUUCCAAAGUAGAUUUGUUAUAUUUCCACCCACAUGCAUUUUUUAAAAACUCCCUCUUAAAAAGUUUUAUAGUCCAAUUCCUAAUUUCUUAAGAUUUGCCACCGUUAAGGGACAUUUCUUUGUGUACAUGAUUUGGGGUUUUUUUUAAUGCUCUCUGGUUUUGCUUCUACUUGCCAAUGGAGUCAUUGGCUACCAACACAGUUCUAUAAUAUGUAAAAGUGCUGCAAGGCACUGUCUGGGUUGUCAUUUCAAGCUGUGUCAGUCAGCCACCUUUAACUGGAGAUCGGAAUCUUCUGGAAGACUUGAAUGCUUCAGUUUCUACAAUCUCUCCCAGUCUUGUUGCCCUUUGAGAUUUUCUGACAUGCAGUUGUCUUCUCAAUUAGGGAUUCUGAGAAAACUGGCCCUUUUUUUGUUAUAUUGAAGUAAACUAGGGAAUGAUGCUCUUUUUGCAGUAGCAGCUUUGGAAGUCUUAAAUUGUAGAAAUCUAAUGAUUUCUUUCUUUGCAACAUUCAACAACUGUGGUAAUACAUUCUGGGGUGAUGCUAGAAAAAGGAGAUAGCUUGAAACAUACUACCCCUAUACAGUCCCUCAGGGCCAAACUGGAUUUUACAAAGCAAAAGUUUCCAAGCAUCUGUAUUUUAAGGGAAAGUAACUGUUGGAGGCUGGCAGUUCAAGUGGAAGAACACAGUUGGGACAGACAGUCUGCUUGGAUAGCAAUAUCUUUUUUCUCCUGCAGACAGGAAAGAAGUGGCAGGGGAACUAUUUUGGUGGAAAUUGGUCAGAGAAGAAAGGGUUAAAAUACUUUUGCCUGGAGUGACAAUCAGCUGGGAGGGAAGGAUGACAAAGAAUCACCAGAGUGGGAAAAUCAAGCCACAGCUUUAUUGAAUCCCACCCUCCAUCUGUUAUGGGUAAGCAGGGAAAGAGAACCAAGUUAUAAGGCAAGAUGUGGCAAACAUCACUAUUCAUGCCUGCCAUCAGCUUCUUGGCAGCAUGGGCUACAUUCUCCUUGUCCGUGUCCCUUUUUGGUACAUGUGAGGAGCCCAUCCCUGUAUAACUCUGUAUAUUUCCCCUGUGCCUGAACACCACAGCAGCCAACCAACACCAGACCAAAGGAUGCUCCAAUAUCAGCACCAGUCCAUCCCUGAGACCCCUUAGCCACACACUGUUGCCCUCAGUGGACAGGCGCAUGCCAUUGGACAUAUAGAGGCUGUCCCACUUAUAGGAAAUGCUUGGGUGCUCAGUUUUACCACUAUCACCUUGGGUAGACAAAGGCUUGUGCUGCCUUGUUGAUCUUUCUUCAUGCACUGUCAUUACACUUUUGUAGCCUCUCAAACUAGGUGAGCUGAAUACUCAGAAACCUCUUCAGGCAUCUUUCCAGGUCUAUCCACACAAUGCU